AUGAACGAUAACAUCGAAUUUAAUGAUACUGAAAAUUCAAAUGAAUGGAUUAAAUGGAUUGAAGAGGCUAUUACCAAAAAUUACUUUAAAUAUUACGAGUUUAAAUAUUUUAAUAAUUUUCAAGAAGUUGGUUCAGGAGGUUUUGGAAAAGUCUAUCGUGCAAAUUGGAAAAAUUCUCAUAAAUAUUUUGCAUUAAAAUCUUUUUUUAAUCUCAACAAUGCCACAGCAAAAGAAAUUGUCAACGAGUUAAAACUUCAGCGUGAGGUUGAUUUUCAUGAGAAUAUUAUUCGUUUUUGUGGUAUUACAACUUCUGAUCAAGAAAUCUUUCAAAACGGCAAUUCAAAAAAUUAUUUAUUAGUAAUGGAAUAUGCCAACGGAGGCACUCUAAGAAGUUAUUUAAAAGAACAUUUCAAUAAUCUCACUUGGAAUGGAAAAUUAAAUCUGGCGCUACAAUUAGCUCAUGCUGUGUCAUGCUUACACGAUGAAGGAAUUGUACAUCGUGAUUUGCACUCUAAUAACGUAUUGGUUCAUCAAAACAUCAUUAAAUUAGCAGAUUUUGGAUUAUCAAAAAGAAUUGAAGAAUCAUCUAAUCUUCAAUCAAAAAUAUUCGGGAUAAUUCCGUAUAGCGAUCCAAAAAUAUUUGUUAGACGAAGAAAUAAUAACAAUCAAAUAAAAUUAUAUUCAUUAAACGAAAAGAGCGAUGUUUACAGUAUUGGUGUUCUCUUAUGGGAAAUAUCUAGCGGUCAACCACCUUUUUGUAAUGAACCAUAUGAUGUUAGUUUGGCUAUGGAAAUUUUACAAGGUCUCAGAGAAAGCCCUGUACCUAAUACACUGGAAGAUUAUGUAAAGAUUUAUAAGGAUUGUUGGAAUGGUGAACCGGAUAAUCGUCCAACGAUCAAUCAGGUUGUUACUGAAUUGCAAGUCAUUAUUUCGAAAGAUUCUAGCACGAACAUUCAAGUAUUGAGUGAUCAGCAAAUUAAUGUAAAUACUAAUGAAGUUACAAAUACUAAUGAAGUUACAAAUAAUACUAUAGAUAAUUCAUUAUAUGGAGAAAUGUCUCAAAUUAUUCAAAAUUUUAAUAAAAUGAAUAUGAGUGAAGUAGUAUCAUCAACGUCAUCAAGUAAUAAGACUAUUUUAUUUGAGAAUAAUUUUAGUGUAAUAGCUGAUAAAAUAAUCAAAGAUAUUCUUAAUAAACAUAUUAAUAAGAAAGAAAUUCAAGAAAUUCUUAAUUACCUUGAAGAACAAAAUACAACGCCACAAGAAAUUUAUAACUGGUUAUUAGAUAAUCAAAAUAAUUCAAAUUACUUUGAUUUACUAGGAAAUUUUUAUUAUUCAGGAAUUGGUACUAAUAUUAAUAAACAAAAAGCAUUUGAAUUAUUUCAAAGGGCAGCGGAUUUAGGAAAUAAUAUAGCUCAUUAUGAUCUUGGGAAUUGUUACAGAUGUGGAUAUGGUACUGAUAAAGAUUAUAAUAAAGCUUUUGAAUGUUAUAAAAAAUCAGCUGAAGGAGAAUACCCAGAAGGAAUAAAUGCUUUGGGAAAUUGUUAUUCCGGUGGAAUUGGAACUAUGAUUAAUAAGAAAAAGGCAUUUAAAUUAUAUCAAAAAGCAGCAAAUUUAGGAGUUGGAAUAGAUAAUUUAGCAUAUUGUUAUCGAUAUGGAACUGGAACUAGUAUUGAUAAACGAAAGUCAUUUGAACUAUUUCAAAAAGCAGCAAAUUUAGGAAUAAUGGAAGCUCAAUACGAACUUGCUAACAUAUACGAAAUUGGAGAUGGAGUGAUGAAAAAUAUUAAUCAAGCGGUUUACUGGUAUGAAAAAUCUGCUGAACAAGGACAUAAAAACGCACAAAUUAGAUUAAAAGAGAUCAAACAAGUAGAAUAAUUCAUGUAACGUAAAUUAAGAUAUUUUAGUUCGAUUUAACUAUAAAUUAAAUCAUAACGAAAUUAUAUCACUUAGGAUUAAUAUAAAACAUAGACAACAAAAGUGAUAAAUAAUUAUUACAUGUGAAACGCGUAGUAAUAGUAACAGUAUACUAUAUUCUUUGUAAAAGUUAAUAAACAAUUAUUAUUUGGAACAAAAGUUUGAAAAAAAAUAUAUAUUUAUAUGUAUGUAUGAAAAUG